AUUUUGAUUUUAUUUUGUCAAAAGAAUCUGCGAAUGUUAGCUAACUUUUCGGGCGGUCAAAGUACUUCCAACUAUCCCCACUUUACUUUGCCGUGUUUUCAUGGGGUUUUAACUCAAAUUAAAUUACCUACCUCAAGGGACACAAGUUCUUACGAAUGCAGGUUACGAGUCCUUGUGACUUCGCCGGAGCUCGUCUGAGCUAAUGUGUCAAAGGCGGCCGAGCAACGGUUUCCAUUCGCGCUCUGUUAUGAUGCCACAAGCUAACAGGCGAGCUGGCUAGUAGUAGUUGUAGGGGCAUUGAUGCUACGAACGAAGACGACCAUUACGCUGAUGAUUCUUCCCAGACAGUUCACUGGGACUUCCCGUUACAGUUACCAGACAGUCAAGGCGUCGGUUAUCACGACAAGGAGCCUACUGGGAUGUCACAAUAGCAUCAAGAGCCAGUUGAUUACUCAUCAUGCCGCUUAGAAAUUGUGGAAUGUUUUCCUUCGCAAGAUAAUGCACGUCGCACCGCGCUUGUGCCACAGAGAUCCUGAGUCUUGACAUUGGGAUUCCUCCCUGCGCCACCAUUCUUGGAUGUCUUAUCUUGUAUGUGUCUUCCGCUGAGACGUUAACUAUGAGUCCAGUGGCCGCCUCACCGCGGUAAACAUUGACGUAAAGUGGUGCAAACAGGGAAAGAAGAAAAAAAACAAAAAACAAAGGAGGACCCCCCACCCUCCAGCCCCCACAUCCACCGCCCCGGGGGACGGGAUAGCUCCAACAUGGCUUCGGUUUGGAAGCGACUACAACGUGUUGGGAAGCACGCCUCCAAAUUCCAGUUUGUGGCAUCCUACCAAGAGCUGAUGGUGGAAUGCACCAAGAAAUGGCAACCGGACAAACUGGUGGUGGUUUGGACGCGCAGGAGUCGACGGAAAUCCUCCAAGUCUCACAGCUGGCAGCCUGGCAUCAAAAACCCCUACCGAGGGGUUGUGGUGUGGCCCGUACCGGAGAACAUUGAAAUCACAGUCACUCUCUUUAAGGACCCUCAUGCUGAGGAGUUUGAGGACAAAGAAUGGACGUUUGUCAUUGAGAAUGAGUCUCCGUCUGGCCGACGUAAGGCCCUGGCAACUAGCAGCAUCAACAUGAAGCAGUACGCCAGCCCUAUGCCUACACAGACGGACGUCAAACUCAAGUUCAAGCCGCUUUCCAAGAAGGUUGUGUCGGCCACGCUGCAGUUCUCCCUCUCCUGUAUCUUCCUGCGUGAGGGCAAAGCCACCGACGAGGACAUGCAGAGCCUCGCCAGCCUGAUGAGCAUGAAGCAGGCCGACAUUGGAAACCUGGAUGACUUUGAGGAGGAGAACGAGGAGGACGAGGAGAACAGGGUCAACCAGGAAGAGAAGGCGGCCAAGAUCACAGAGAUAGUAAACCAGCUGAACGCCCUCAGCUGCUUACAUGGCGACGAUGACGAUGAUGACAGUUGCAUCGGCGUUCCUAAGGGAGCGUUCAAGGCGGCCAAUAAGCCUGUCGCUUCCUCUCAAGAGCUGAUCAACAAGCUGAACUUCUUGGAAGACGAGGACCGAGAGACGCACCCGGCCAUGCUUGCCAACCCUUUCGACGAACCCGAGGAUCACCUGCCCGAAGCCAACCACCUCAACCCAUUCGGUGAUCCAGAUGAGGACGAACCUCCUGACCAGCAAUCUGCCGGGCGGGUCAACGAAUCUUGCUACAAUGCCUCCAAUCCAUUCGACGAGGCCACAGAGGAGCCGCAUGAUGUGACGCCGAGGAACCCUUUCGAAGAGCCGGAACCAGACGAAACCAGUCCUCAUCCGGUGCCCGAGCCGCCGAAGGCUCGACCCAGGAAGGGGCUGCGACCGGUUGACAUGAACAAGUACUUAUAUGCCCAUGCUGGACAAAAUGACGAGGAGGAACUUGAUGAGUCCAACCCAUUCUACGAACCCAGGACGUGCCCAACGCAGAGCCCCGCUGCGCCGGACACGGGCAGCAGCCAGAAGAAGAGAGCUCCCACACCCCCUGGCUCAUCGGGAUCCAACUUUGGCACUGGUUCGCCUGCUCCCAUGAUCAGCUCUGGCCAGGAUGGGGAGAAAAAAACCUUACCAGUUGGGCCCAGUCCUGUGGCGGCGGUCAUCGGGAGAGAACUGGCCUCGUCAUCCCCCAAGCCAAGCCCGAUCCCAAGCCCGGUCCUGGGCGGGAAGCCCAACGCCAGCCAGUCGCUGCUGGCCUGGUGCCGCGAGGUGACGCGCAACUACCGCGGCGUGAAGAUCACCAAUUUCACCACGUCCUGGAGGAACGGCCUGGCCUUCUGCGCACUGCUGCAUCACUUCAGGCCCGACGCCAUAGACUACAAGUCGCUCAAUCCUCAGGAUAUUAAAGAAAACAACAAAAAGGCGUAUGACGUCUUUGCCAGCCUGGGUAUCUCACGUCUUCUGGAGCCGUCGGACAUGGUGCUCCUUGCCAUCCCAGACAAGCUGACGGUGAUGACCUACCUCUACCAAAUCCGGGCGCACUUCUCAGGCGAGGAGCUCAACGUGGUGCAGAUUGAGGCCAACAGCAGUCGCAGCACCUACAAGGUGGGCGACUUCGAGACCGACACCAACGCCUCCAUCGGCCAGGACAAGUUCUAUGCCGAACUCAAUGACGUGCAGCCCCAUCCCAUUGAUGGCACCAAAUCCAACGGUUCCAAAGCCACAGAAGUCCCGGUGAAGGUUGAAAUCUUAGCGCCGCCAGCCGGCUCGCAAACAGCGCCUCUGACAUCCUCGCCUCCUGUCCCGGCGGCCAACGUCACAUCGUCGGGGUCCAACCUCCUGAAAGCUAAAACCUUGGACCUGUCCGACCUACCGCAGAAGUCGGAUGCCGAAAGACUGCAGCAAAAGAGUCAGGCAGUGGGAGAACAGGACUCCUCUGUCAUCCAGACAGGGGGCCAGCCUUCCUCCCUCUCGCCCACUCAUCAGAAACUGGGCUUCUCGUACAACAGGGACGCCGACCUCAUCAAGAAGAAGAGGGCCAGCCUCCGUCACUCUGAAUCGGAGCCUAUGUCUGACACCGGCCCACCCAUCAACCACACGGAGGCGCUAGCCAAACAGGAACCGGCAGCUGCCCCUGUUUCAAGUCCUCCUGUGGAGAAGAAAGGCUUAUCCCGCCAGGAGGAGCUGAAGGAGCGAGCCCGGCUGCUCCUGGAGCAGGCCCGCCGGGACGCCGCCAUGAAGGCCGGCAACAAGAGCGUCCCCAACACAGGUGUUGCUGCCACACCGGGCAGAGGCACCAAUGUCUGCGAUGAGCGGGAUGCCGAGCGGCGGCGUCAGCUGCGUGAGCGAGCCAGGCAGCUGAUCGCAGAGGCUCGAUCAGGAGUCAAGAUGUCAGACAUGAACCUGGACGUGUCAACCGGCGGCACUUUGAAGGGAGGCAAGGCUCCUGGCCUGGCUGGAGACAUGUUGGAUGACGGAGAAGAGGGUUGCCAUGGCGAUGAUGGCCUUGAUAGCAAAAAGGGUGAGGACUUCGGUAUGGAGGGUGACUCUGUUGACAGCGCAGCCUCCACGUCUGCCCUGGCAGCCGACCCACUGGAGGCGCCUCUCCCAGCUCUAUCCAGCUGCAGCCAGGGCCCUCUGGAGCUUACUAACCCCAGCUCUGAGCUAAUAUCCUCGGAGGGAAACGGCAAGCACAUCGACCUGAAAUUGAAAAAGCUGAGCGAGGUCAGACCGAGCGCCGUCACUGCCACCGGCCCUACAUCCCCGUCUUCCUCUUCUUCCUCUCCUACACCCACCACCACCUCUUCCUCCUCCACCUCCCCGAUCAGCCCUGCAUACGGACUCGAGAAUAACGCAGAGCAGUUACGCGCAGAGAGACUGCGGCGCGCCACCGAGAGGCUUCGCAGCCCUGUGGUCUUCAACAAGGACUCUGCAGUGAGGAAGACGCAGCUCAAGUCCUUCAGUCAGUACGUGGAUAACAGACCAGAGGUGAGAAGGCAGAAGUCUGCUCACGAGGACCCGAAGAAGUCCGAAGAGGAUGACUGGGCACAGACGGAGAUUGACAUCUUCAGACCGUUUGAGGAAGAGAAAGCGUUCAAAGACACGAGUCAGUAUGUGGUGGGCGAGCUGUCGGCGCUAGAGAGCGAGCAGCGGCACAUCGACGCCCGGGCGGCUCGCGUGGAGAAGAGGCUGCGCUAUCUCAUGGACACAGGCAACAACAAGGAGGAGGAGGAGGCCAUGAUGCAGGAGUGGUUCAUGCUGGUCAACAAGAAGAACGCCCUCAUCAGGAGACAGAACCAACUCUCUCUGCUGGAGAAGGAGCACGACCUGGAGAGACGCUUCGAACUACUCAACAGAGAGCUCAGAGCCAUGCUGGCCAUCGAAGACUGGCAGAAGACGGAAGCCCAGAAGCGUCGUGAACAGCUUCUGCUGGACGAGCUGGUCCUUCUGGUCAACAAACGGGAUGCCCUGGUCCGGGACCUGGACGCCCAGGAGAAAGAAGCCGAGGAGGAGGAUGAGCACCUGGAGAGGACGCUGGAGCAAAACAGAGGUAAGAUGGCCAAGAAAGAGGAGAAGUGCAUCCUUCAGUGACAACACAACAACGUCAAGAGCAACACGAACAAAAGGAUUGUACGCGUGGCGUCAUGUCACCUUGUUUGGUGGUUUUACCAUUUUCAUGCUUUAAAAGCGGUACUUUUACGGGGAUUUUUAUGGGUAUUGUGAUGUAAACGGGAACGGUCCAGGUACAAAAAUGUCUGAUGUUUUGGUUUGAUUUCUGAUUUUGGACAGUGAGCAGGUGGAGUUUUUCAAAAUCAAAAAAAGAGGUCAAAAAGGUGUUUGUAUCUUUUAUUUCAUUCACUUUGCAUCUUUUUACUGUAAAAAAAAAUCUUAAAUUGUCCGUUACUACUUGUUUUUUUUUCUUUUGCUUGAAUGCAGUUUACCAAAAAACAUUUUUUUCUCACGAAACUUUUCUGUAUAUUUUCCUCAUAAAAGCUUGCAAGAAUAUGCUUUUUUUCUCUCAAAGAGUCAUGCAGUCAAAGUUAAAAGAAAGUCUUAUUUAUUGUCCUAUAAGCUGCUUGUAUGUAAAACUACUAUCACUUUGUUUUCCUGUUUGAAUUCCUAUUUAUUGAGGUUUGCUUCCACGUGCAUCUUCUUCUACGAGCUCUCACAUUUUCACUUUUAUUUAUUCCACUGGCUUCAAGACCAACCUUCAAUAAAGUCCUUGUACAUUUCAUACUCCA